AUCAAAAAGCAACAGCUGCUGUCAAAUUCGCUCGGGCGCUGGGCGCCUCCUCCGCGCGCGUCUCCUGUUGCUUCUUCCAGCCUCACUUCCCUUUGCGAAGAGCUCGAGGAGAGGAAGGAGCGGGCGACGACAGCGCAGAGGUCGGUCACGGUCCGAGAAGCCUGCGGACAAGGGCCACCCGAGAGCCCAGCCCGUCAGCCCGCUCCGGGAGGCGGGAAAGCUACAAGCCGCGCCCACUGCCCUGCCCCCAGCGCGCCACUCCCGGCUGCUGGAACUCCGCACAUCCUCCCGGGAUCCGCUCGGAGGGGACCCAACGUCCAGACACCAUGGAGACGGUGCUGAUUCUCUGCAGCCUGCUGGCCCCUGCAGUCCUGGCUAGUGCAGCUGAGAAGGAGAAAGAAAUGGAUCCAUUCUAUUAUGACUACCAGACCCUGAGGAUUUGGGGAUUGGUGUUCGCUGUGGUCCUCUUCUCUGUCGGGAUACUCCUCAUCCUAAGUCGCAGGUGCAAGUGCAGUUUCAAUCAGAAGCCCAGGGCUCCAGGAGAUGAAGAGGCCCAGGUGGAGAACCUCAUCACUACAAACGCUGCGGAGCCCCAGAAGGCAGAGAACUGAAGUGCGGCCGCCAGCAGGAAGCCUCCAGAAGCCAAGGCCAGCUGCCUGAUCCUUUAGAGGCUGGUGUCAAGGCUUGAGAAAACCGGCUACUUCAGACCAGAUCUUCCCCUAGGAGAAGCCAAGAACACGUGUUCCCUGUGCCUCUCCCUGUCCCUGCUAACCCAGUCCUAUACUUAAGGAUGCAACACUCAUAGCUCUUCCCUUCUCACUGCAGCUGGGGAUCUGGCCCCUUCCUGUGUUGUGUCUUUGUGUGUGUGUGUGUGUGUGUGUGUGUGUGUCUGCUGACUGUGGUCUUGUGGCUACUCAUUCGUGGAUUUCGUUGUUGCUGUGAAUUGUGUGUGUGUGUUCCCUUUCUUGGGAGGGACAGGGACAUGUUGCCAUCCAUACCUUGUGCCCUCCUGUGGCCUCCAUCCCCUCUAGCUCUCUGGAGUCUGCUCUGGCCCCGGGGAAGUCCUGGUCCCAUCUCUGGAUUUAGGUUGAGGGAGAGUUGUACCCAGGACAGGAGUCCCCAAUUGUCUUGGGACUGAGAAGUGUGUAAUCAUCUUUGUUGCUGUUCUUCGUGGUCUCUCAGAAGAAACUUGCUCCCGAUUCCAUCGGUUUGGAAGGUCGAUCAGCGGCUGAAGAUUCCUGCAGGCCUCCUGGGGUCCUUUUCCUUUUAGGGUGCCCACUGCAGAGUCCCAACCUGUCCCACCCUUUGGGGAACACCCAGGAAUUCCAGGUCCUUCUUGCUUCCGGGGAAUGUGCUCCUCACGCAAUAACUCCGUAGAUUCUGGAAUCCUCCUGCCUUUGCCCACCUUCCCUGCUUCUAGACUUUAGUUUCUAGCCCCAUCAUCUGACCCGAGGAUUCCUUCCUUCUCCUCAGCAGGCCCCUGGCAGGGGUGGCUGAGGGGAUGGGCAGCGGAGGGUCUGGAGGUGGCUCUGCCUCUCUGCCUUGUGGUGAGGUCUGGUCGCCACUGCGGUUUCCUUUCUCUGCCUGCCAGGGGUCAGAGUGGAGCGAGGUACAAGGGUGCAGGAGCAGCAGGGCUAGGGGUCAGAGGCCAACAGGGUAGGUACAGCCCGGGUGCGCAGCAAAGGCCAGAAGUCAAAGGGCGUCAGAGUGGAAAGUCAAACCAGAACCCGCCUCACCUGUCCAUUGUGUUCCCUUGGAAACUAACCAAGCCACACUGUGUACCCGGACUGCUGAUCUCUGUCUUGUGAUCUAUCCUCUGACAAUGGAAAAAUAAGUAAAUAAAACCUUGUUUCCUAGUG